AUGGACGCCUACCACGCCCACUUCAAUACCAACCAGUACGCCAGCUCGCAGCCUACUCAAAACGACACUCCGCACGGUGCCAAUGCCGAUUACUACGGGAGAGAGGCGCCGGCUUCGUCGACGCACGCCGAACCGGCCUCAGACCACCACGGUGGUGAAGGGGACCGCGGACUGGGGUCAUUUAUGAAGAAAUCCGGCGGUAAGGAAGGCAAAGAAGGCAGAGAUGGGGAAGACGGAGAAGAGAAGAAGGGUAAAGCCAGCAAGAUCAUGAAACUGGGGAUGAAAGCUUACAAGAAACAUAAGGAGAAGAAGAAGUCAAAAGAGGACAGCGGGUCCAAGCCGCAUAAGUCUCAUUCUGGAGGAGCAGUGGCAGCAGAUGAGGAAGAGGAAGAUGAAAGCUCUAGUGGAUCAGGGUCCGGAUCUGAUGAUGAGUCGGAUGAGUCCGAGUCUGACUCGAGGUCAGGGUCGGAUGAUGAAUGA